ACGCGGUAGCCUAAGUACUACUUUGUGAGAGAGGUACAAGAUGGCGUCCAAGAUGGACGAUGUUUCUUCGCCAUCUCUGGCAUAUAUGGUUUCUAGCUCGUCAUUUAACCCUGAAAAAUACGUGCAUAAGUUGUCAUCGGAGUGUGACACCGACGCCGAGUUACAGGAACAUCGACAAAAAAUCCAGACUUUGAGCGAUGAGACGGCCGUAUCUUUGAAGAAAAACGUUUACAAGAACUACAUACAGUUCAUAGAAACAUCUAAAGAAAUAUCUUACCUUGAGGCUGAGAUGUACCAGUUGAGUCACUUGUUAGCAGAGCAGCGUAGCUUACUAAAGGCUCAAGAAGAAAUGUCCCUCUUUGGCAAUAAAGAUUCUGGGUCAAACUCAAAGCCAAUCAACAAAGAAGAAAAGUCCAUAAGCUCCAUAGAGGCAGUUGAAGGCUUAUCUAAUAUCAUUGACAUGACUGAUCUGCAGUGUAUUUACGAAGGAGGUCUUCUUGAGAUUGACACUUCUACCUAUCUCCCCAAGCAGAAGAUCCGUGCCUUCCUCUUACAUGACAGCAUGAUCAUUGCCAGUAUCAUAACAAACAGGCGUGGUCCUGUGAGGUACAAGUUCCAGGCUCUGUUUGAGUUGGAGAAUGUUGCUGUUGUCAAUUUGAAAAGUUCGGAAGGUGUCAAGGAUGCUUUUAAGAUCCUCCUGUUUCCAGAAACACAUCUUUAUCAGGCAGAAAGUGCCCAGGCUAAGAAUGAUUGGUUAAACCACAUUGAAGAGUGCAAGAUCAGCUUCAAACUCAAACUUGAGCAAGAGGUUACUCAGGGAGACCUUGAAAGGCAGGAAGGGGAUAUGAACCCCUUUGAGGUAGAAGAUGAGGAUGAUCAUGACACCAACCCAUUCAAGUCCACUGAAUCCAGUACAUCAGCAUACAAUGGGAAUCCUUUCCUUGAAGAUGAGACAAACCCUUUCCUCUCUGGAUCUGCAGGUAGUCUUACUAUCAAUCGACAAAGAAGUAACACCUCAAACAACAUCACAGAAAAUGCUGUCACUCCUAAGAGCAGUAAGGUGUGGCUUCGAGACCUUCCAGAAGACCUAGACGUGUGUAUUGCCCAAAGAGACUUUGAGAAGGCCAUGGAACUCAUAGAUAAAACAAACAGUUUCUUGAAAGAGUCCUCAAAUACUCAAGCACUCAAAGAGAUCAAGGUGCGUCUAGACCAUAGAGUCAAGCAGUUAGUGGAAGCGCUGAUUGAGGAGCUUGACUGUCACCAAAGUAUUCUGCUGCAUGGUGGUCCACGUGCGACCAGAAGAGCUGUGUCGCUUCUAGUGCGUCUUGGAAGAGCAACAGAGGCUUGCCAGCUGUUUUUAAGAAACCGAAGUGAAGCAAUUAAGCAGAGUCUCAGGCAGCUCAAAAUAGAAGGAGCCACCGCCCUGUACAUUAGCAAGCUCUCUAGUGUGUUUUUCAUGAGUCUAAUAGAGACCGGCCGUGAAUUCCAAAAGUCAUUUGUGGAUAAUUCUGGGUUCUGCUCAGCGUUUGUUGUGUGGGCCAACACGGAGCUGCAGAACUUCGUCUCCAGGUUCACUCGACAAGUGUUCCAUCGUAAUAUUGGCUUGGCUGCCAUCGGUGUGUGUGUGGGCAUUGCAACAGAAAACUGUGAUAAGUUGAACGAGAUCGGACUAGACCUGAAGUUCUCCAUGCAGCACAUGCUGCUAAAGGAGCUCAUGGAGGCGUUAUUUGACUGCCGAGACCAGCUGGUGGCAGCGGCCCGUCAGAGAGCCACGGAGGAGCAAUGGCAGCCGCAGAGAUUCGAGAGAAACCACGAACGCCUCACAAACCUGGUCGGUGAGAUGGAGAGCUGUGGUAUCAAGGAGUUCGGCCACCUUGUUAUCGACGACUGCCAGGUGAAUCUAAGCAGUGCUACAGUUGCGUUCACCAAGAGCGUUAUUGGCUUUCUUGAGGAUGGUCUUCGGGUCAACACACCAGAGCUACAUGGCGUACUUGUCGAGUGUGUAGCUGAUCUUUUCAAGAAUCAGGUCCUACAAUUUGAAGCAACAUUAAAAUCCAGCCACUUCAAGGCACAGAGGCCGUUUAUCAUACAGAAUGCAGAAUUUGUUCUCGAAACCAUACUUCCAAUUGUGAAAAAGAAAUUGAAGCGCCAAACGGGGCAUGACCCGACUAGUGUGACGGAACUUUCAAAAGAGCUUACAAGGCUGCAAAACAUCGCCGAAACAAGGUGACAUGUGCAGAAAGGACAGGAUGAAUUCACCACAAUCAGCACAACUCGUGUCAUAGAGCUCUUUCAAGCGCUUACAAGUAUAAUUUUGCAUAAAAAAACCUUGUGCAUGCUCAUUAAAAGACUGGUCUACCUCUCUUUGCCUGAGGCCGAAAGUCAAAUAAAAUAUAAGCAAACGUACUUCGCAAACAAACAGCCACCAUGAAGGGGCGGUGGAUUGGGUGGACAUCCACCCCCCCCCCCUUUUUUUAGUCACUUUGUGUGAAGAAAAUAAAUGUCUGGGGGACGGGAGGUACUGUCCAUGUGGCUUCACCUGCUUGACUUUGCAGCCGCGACAAAUCCAUUUCAGCGUGAAAUAUUGUUAGAUCCAUGUGGCCUACCAAGAACUACUGCAUCCGCUAUAAGCCCGUCUAUCCGGCCAUUAUCCACCCCCAUUUUGAAAUCCUGGAUCCGCCCCUGCCAUGAUUCCUCAGGAACGAUGGUUCAUUAGAAUUUAAACCUUGUCAGCUACAGACUAAUAUUGAGUUCAAAGACUGGCAAUACAUACAGGCAAUGCGAAAAGGAACCAAAACAUCAACACACGAAUAAAACGAAUUACCAUGUAAAGUAGACAAACUUUAUUGUCUCUAAUUAUAUAAAAAAAAUCUUAUUUGUAUAUAUUUAUAUAUUGCACUAGUUCUAGCUAGUUUUCAUGUGCCAAUUAACAAAAAUGUUAGGGUUUGUUUCUUAACAAUGUUUAGGCGAGCAGAAAUCUAUUCCAUCUCUAAGAUAUCUGCACACAAACUACUUUGUGCAUACUAAAAAAGAUUAUGAUGUAAGGUGUUAUUAGCUACGUACCAAAAAAUAUCAUCAUAGUAAUAGCUUUGGAUUUGACUGUUUAUUUUGCCUAUAGAAACAUCUUUUUUAGGGAAAUAUCUUUAUACGUAGAUUAUUUUAUGCUUAAGGAGUAGGAUGAAGCUGUUUUUAUUGUGUAGGGUGGGUUGAUUUCGCAGUGAUCCUUCUUGGAUGUGCAAUAGCUCUCACGCUUACGCCUGUGGCCCAGAAGCCCCCUUGAUGUCGUUAUGUCCUUCAAUUGUAACGUAUGGAUUUUCUGUUAAUAAAUAAAACAAAAUAAGCCAAA